AUGAGAAGUUUUGGUGAGGGAUUGACAAGCCCCGAAGUAGAAAUCGCCGAAGGAGGUGUUAUUGUAGACAGCAAAACUCGUUUUGCCGACUUAAAAGCAAUGUUAGAUAGCUCGAAGGAUAACUUGAAAAUGGAUGCUAUGAAGCGAAUCAUAAAUCUGGUAGCGAAAGGACGUGAUGUAUCGGAACUGUUUCCUGCAGUUGUUAAGAAUGUUGCUGCAAAAAAUCUUGAGUUAAAGAAGUUGGUUUUCGUUUAUCUGGUGAGAUACGCCGAAGAGCAGCAAGAUUUGGCACUUCUUUCAAUCAGCACUUUUCAGCGUGCUUUGAAAGACCCUAAUCAACUUAUUCGUGCAAGCGCCUUGCGUGUUCUCUCAAGCAUUCGAGUACCUAUGAUUGCACCAGUAAUGUUACUGGCUAUACGUGAAUCUGUCCGUGAUAUGUCUGCCUAUGUUCGAAAAGUAGCCGCACAUGCAAUACCGAAACUAUUUUCACUUGAAGAAAAUUUACAAACAGAACUGAUUGAAUGUAUUGAUUAUCUUCUCGGUGAUAAGCGUACUCUUGUCCUUGGCAGUGCAGUAUACGCUUUUGAGGAAACUUGUCCGGAUCGAUUUGAUUUACUUCACAGACAUUAUCGUAUUUUGUGUAAGGCUAUAGUGGAUGUGGAUGAGUGGGGACAGGUGGUGAUGAUUGGGUUGAUGACUCGUUAUGCACGCAGUCAGUUUAUUGCACCAACGGAAGUAGUUGAUCCAGAUCUAAUGCUUCUCCUUUCAUCUUGUCGUCCGCUACUGCAAAGUCAAAACUACGCUGUGGUUAUGGCUGUUGCGCAGUUAUUCUAUCACUGCGCACCAUCCUCUCAACUAUCAAUUAUCUCACGCGCACUUGUUCGGCUCUUACGUGGCCCGCGUGAAGUGCAGAGUGUUGUACUUGUCAACAUUGCAACGAUUUGCGCAACGAACCCGAAUAUGUUCGAAUCAUUUCUGAAAAGUUUUUUCGUGCGUCCUGCAGAGCCGAAGCAUAUCAAAUUGCUGAAACUGCAAGUGUUGACUUCAUUAGUCUCAGAAACAAAUGUGCAGCUGGUUCUUCGUGAGUUACAGACUUACAUUGGCAUGGCAGAAAUGGCAGAUGCUGCGGUAGAAGCAAUAGGACAAUGUGCUACUCGUGUUAGUUCUGUUGCCGAUUCAUGUCUAUCUGGACUAGUAUCUCUAAUUGCUUCAUCGAAUGAAAAUGUUGUUUCUGCUGCUGUUGUUGUUUUGAAAAGAUUAUUGCAUACGAAUCCGCCUUUGCAAUUACUGACACGUGUACUUCGUCUUAUUGAUUCUGUUAAAGCACCACAAGCUCGGGCAUGUGUGAUUUGGCUUGUUGCUACACAUGUUGACAAAGUUCCAACUCUAGCACCAGACGUCUUGCGCAAGAUGGCUAAAAGUUUCACUCACGAGGAUGAGAUGGUAAAGCUACAAACAAUGAACUUAGCAGCAAAACUAUGGUUUAUAAAUCGUCAAGAAUGUGAACUGCUAGUGCAGCAUGUAAUGCAGUUGUCUCGAUUUGACCAAAGUUAUGAUAUUCGAGACAGAUGUCGAUUCUUACGAAGUCUUCUGUUCAACGAUAAUAAAUUAUCUGCAUUUGCUAAUGAAAUAUUUAUUAUCGAGAAACCAUCACCAACUACACAAAGCACUUUUAAAGAUCUCGAACAAUUCCAACUGGGUAGUUUGUCGCACUUCCUCAACCAGCGUUGUAGACGAUAUCGCGACUUACCACAAUUUCCGGAAAUUCCACCUGAUUCGUCUAUGCGAAAUGCAGGUCAAAUGGGAGAAAUAAGUGAUGAUAUGCGAGUUAUUCAUGAAACUGAAGACGAUGAAAGUGAAGAAGAUUUUUAUUCGGACGAUGAAGAACAGAGUGAAGAAGAAGAAAAUGAUGAGGAGGAAGACGAAAAUGAAAAUGAUGAGGAGAAUGAAGAUGAAUAUGACGAGGAAGACAGGGAGGAAAGUAGAAGUGAUGAGAGCGAAGAACCUGCAGUAGCUGGGCCUAAAAUGCAAGUUGUUAUAAUUAUUAAUAUACUUACAAAAAAUAUGAUGUCUGGAAAUCUUGAUCUUUUACUGGAUUUAAAUUUUGAGCUGACACCAAUUCUUGCCAACAGCUGUGUCGUAGAGCCGAAAUUUGUGAAAACAUCGUUUAUGCCACUCAUGAAUCAUGCAGUCUGGUCCGCUGGGAUUGGUAUAGACAUAUGUUUUCCGCGUGAGACAUCACCAAUAUCACCGACGAUGUGUGCUGUUUUGUUUAGGUUUACAAACAAUUUAGAAACUAAAUCCUCAGAAAUCACAGCAUCUCCGAAGGUCAUAGACGAAAUGUCAACUAGUAACCAAGUUAAGGUGGGCAGAUUAUCACCCGGUGAAAGUAUCGUUAAGAAAGUUUACAUCGACUUUGGUGAUAGCAAACGAGCAUUUGAAUGGAUUAUCAGCACAUUAGAUGCUAAUGAAGUGACUGUCAUAAUUGAAGCUCCAAUGGGCGAACAGAUUGAACCAAUAAUGAUGACAGAAGAACAGUUUAUUAACGGAAUUUUGCGUCUGAGUGGGAUGAACGAACACUGCGGAAAUUUGAAGAAAUCUUUGAGGUCGGAAGAAUUGUAUGCUGUUGCGAAUUGCACCAAUGUCACCGGUUCCGAAGUUUGUUUUUCCAACUUAAAAUGA